CCCAAUCCCAUCCCAAUCCCACCCCAUUCCCGCUCACUCCCACCAUGUCAGUGCCUGUGCUCCCAGAGUCCUGCAGCCAUGUCCUGACCGAGCUGGACUGGUUGGAUCCUCUGCUGUCUGCUAUCCGGUUGGACUCCAACCGUCUCAAGUGCACAUGUGUAUCCAUGUCCCGGAAGUGGCUGGCCCUUGGCAGCUCAGCUGGAGGCCUGCAUCUCAUUCAGAAAGAAGGUUGGAAGCAGCGGCUCAUGUUAACUCACAAGGAAGGUGCUCUCGCUCUUGUUGCUUUCUGUCAGCACGAUGAGGACUACGUUGCUGUGGCAACCAGUCAGGGCCAUGUGAUUGUGUGGGAGCUGCAUCUGGAGCGGCGUGGGAAGCCAGAGCGAGUUUAUGUCUCGACAGAGCACAGAGGCCGACAGGUGACUGCGCUCCGCUGGGACACGGCUACUCUCCGCGUCUUUGUGGGGGACAGUCUGGGAAAAGUCUCCGCCUUGAAGAUCAACUCUUCCAAACAAGGAAAGGCUGCUGCCUUCGUGAUGUUCCCGGUGCAGAUGAUCACCACAGUGGACUCCCGGGUGGUGCAGCUGGAUUACCUGGAGGGGAAACUCUUAGUCUCGUCACUGACUCGCUGCUAUCUGUGCGACACAGAAAGAGAGAAGUUCUGGAAAAUUGGGAACAAGGAAAGAGAUGGAGAGUUUGGAGCUUGUUUCUUACCAGGAAUGAAGGGGGCAGGGGCCCUGCAGUCACUCAUCUUCUGUGCCCGCCCAGGAUCCCGCUUGUGGGAGGUGAACUGUGAGGGGGAGGUGCUCAGCACACACCAGUUCAAACAGUUACUGGCAUCUCCUCCCGUCCCCAUCGUCACUCACAGGUCUGAGCCCCAUUACAAAGUCUCUGUCUGCUGCCCACAGUCGGUCGCCUUCCCCCGGCUCCUGUGUUUGAGUGAGCACUACGUUGUGAGCUGGACAAACCGAGCCGUCUACGUCUUUGUUCCCCAGAAUGUUCAGGUGCUGCUCUGGAGUGAGCUGAGAGAUGUUCGAGAUAUAGCCGUCUACAGGAACGAGCUGCUCUGUCUCCACGCUGACGGCCGAGUCACUCAUCUGUACCUGCUGUCGGCGGAGCGCUGUGUGGAACGACUGCUGCGGAGAGAGCUGUGGAUCCUGGCUGCACAUGUGUGCUGUCUGUACCAGCACUCCGUCACUGGCAGCCGAGCUCGCAAAGUGCUCCCCAUAGACAGACUGGAACAUCUGAAGUUGCAGUUAAGCAAUGUCUCGGGGCAGCCCCUGAUGUCUCAGCUGGAGGAGGUUCUGAGCAGACUGGAGCCCCCAGCUUCGGCCUGCAGCAGCCGGAGGAGCAGCAUCUCCUCACACGAGAGCUUUAACGUGCUGGAUUCGGGUAUUUACCGGGUGAUCAGCAGGCGAAGCAGCCAGUCAGACGAGGACUCUGGCUCUCUGCACAGUCACCAGUCUGAGGAGGAGCCACUGCGGGAGGUGACUGUGCAGCACGAGGAGGAGCAGGCGGAGCAGGACACCGUCUCCCAUUCCUCCCUGAACACCAACAGUGAUCGGAGCGAGACCCUGAUUCCAUUCCACCUUCCAUUGUCAUUCCGCUCCACAUCUCCGCGCCUCUCAUUGCAGGCAGUGAAGGAAAGUGUCUCCAGUUUUGUCAGAAAAACAAAGGAAACCAUCGGGACCCUCCAUGCGAGCUCUGAGCUGCGAUUCAGGGCGGAUGUGAAAGAUGGUGACCUGUUGUGUGAAACCGUCACUGCUGUAGCCACAUGCUCACAGGAUCCUGAGCCCGAGUUCAUCGCCAACAGCAUUGCCCAGGAACCGGACAAGUUGCAGGAGCUCAGACUGGCCACAGGACAGGCUGUAGCUAAGCUGCAGGACCCCUUGGUGCUGUUUGAGACACCCCAUCUGAAGGCAGCCCUGCGAGCCUGGCUGCCUCACCUGGAGAAAAACUUUCGUAUCAACAUCCAAACUCACCCAGAGAACCUCACACAUCGGCCAAAGCAGGGGCCAGCCCAGGGACACCGCGAAGAGGAGGGGCCAGCCCAGGGACACCGCGAAGAGGAGGGGCCAGCCCAGGGACACCGCGAAGAGGAGGGGCCAGCCCAGGGACACCGCGAAGAGGAGGGGCCAGCCCAGGGACACCGCGAAGAGGAGGGGCCAGCCCAGGGACACCGCGAAGAGGAGGGGCCAGCCCAGGGACACCGCGAAGAGGAGGGGCCAGCCCAGGGACACCGCGAAGAGGAGGGGCCAGCCCAGGGACACCGUGAAGAGGAGGGGCCAGCCCAGGGACACCGCGAAGAGGAGGGGCCAGCCCAGGGACACCGCGAAGAGGAGGGACCAGCCCAGGGACACCGCGAAGAGGAGGGGCCAGCCCAGGGACACCCCGAAGAGGAGGGGCCAGCCCAGGGACACCCCGAAGAGGAGGGGCCAGCCCAGGGACACCCCGAAGAGGAGGGGCCAGCCCAGGGACACCCCGAAGAGGAGGGGCCAGCCCAGGGACACCCCGAAGAGGAGGGGCCAGCCCAGGGACACCCCGAAGAGGAGGGGCCAGCCCAGGGACACCGCGAAGAGGAGGGGACAGUCCUCGGUCACUGGGAGGAGCCAGCCCAGGGGAAGGAGACAUCCCAGGGCCACCGAGAGAAGCAGGAGGAGACAGCUGUGGGGGAGCAAGAGGAAACAGCCCGGGGUCACCAAGAGGAGGAGGAGGCAGCCCAGGUUCACCGAGAGGAGGAGGCGCCAACCCAGAAGGAGCAAGAGGAGGGGAAGACAUCCCAGGGCCACCAAGAGGAGCGGGAGGAAACAGUUGGGGAGAAGCAGGAAGAGACAGCCCGGGGGGAGGGGAAGGAGGAAGGCAAGGAGACAGCUGGGGGGCAGCGGGAGGAGCCAGCCCGGGGUCACCGAGGGGAGGGGAAGGAGUCAGCCUGGGGUCACCUAGAGGGGGCGGAGGGGCCAGCCUGGGGUCACCAAAGGGAGGAGGAGGAGGAACCAGCCUGGGGUCACCAAAGGGAGGAGGGGCCAGCCCAGGGUCACCAAAGGGAGGAGGAGGGGCCAGUCCUGGGUCACCAAAGGGAGGAGGAGGAAGGGGGGCCAGCCUGGCAUCGCCAAAGGGAGGACGAGGUGCCAGCCCCAGGUCCCCGAAGAGAAGGGGAGGUGUGGGGUGGAGCUGCCCCCUUGCAAUCAGAGGCCUUGUUGUCGGUCCCCUUUAUGCUGUACCCUCAGACCAGCGUCCCUGCGGAGCUCUUUAAGGAGUUGGUGGAGCUGAGCACGUUGUGCUUUGAGCUGGGGGUGUUCGACACCGAGAGAGAGGAGCCAUUCACGGGGCCGGACCGGACCCUCCACGCCUGCCUCUUCAUCCGCAACUACUUCUUCCUGUUAGACCUGGGCCGAGUGAAGCGAUACAUCAGCACCUGCUACGCACACGCUCCCCUGGUGUGGCACACCUUUAUCCUGGCACUCAGAGAGCUGACGCAGUCUGACCCCAUCACCGCUGCCCUGGACACCCACAACCUGCACACGUUCCUCAAGUUACUGAGUGGAGAGCAACUGUUGGGGAGUCCGUUUGUGCUCGCCCACGCUAGCAGGUUGUAUGAGACAUUUGGUGAGGUGGGGCUGAGGUCUCUUGUCCAGUUCUACCCAAGUAUCCUUCCGUGUGAUAUCAUGGGGCUGUGUUGGAAAGUCCCGGCCCACUUCCUGGGCUACAUGGACAGCCUGGUGAAAUCCCAGCCCGAGGAGCAGAGGCUGUCUCUACUGGAGGAGACACUCCAGCCUCAGUCGUUGCGGGUCCAUUGGCUGCAAGUUGCUGUGUCUCACGAUGCCCCUCACAUGGCUGACAUCAUGGACGCGGCCGGGAACCCCAGGCCACACUCUCAUCGCUUCUCCUGGGGCUUCGCUCAGCUGAUUGGCCACUUCAUACAGUUGCCGGCAGACCAGGACACCAAGGAGAAAAUGGCUGACAUCUGUAAACAUUCUGGGUUCUGGCCUGGCUUCCUGGCGCUGUGUGCACAGCUGGAGUGGCGGCUUGAAGCUUUCACCAUCAUCGUGCAUCUGGACGACAUCAGCUUACUGGAUGGAGAGAACGGGCUGAUGCCGGAGACGGUUGAGGAAUGGCGGGUUGUGCUGGAAUUGGCUGGGAGCCUGCAUGAGGCCGGACACCGCCCUGCGCUGCACAACGGGGACGUGGAGCCGAGCGGCAGCCUGGACCCUGAGAGCGUGGCCCUGCUCCUCGCCAAAACCAUUGGCCCCGAGCGGGCGCUGGCCGUGCUGCAGGAUAGCGGCCUGGCCGGGCGUCUCUCACACAGGUUCACAACCGUCUGUGACAUCCUGAGCAUCGCAGAGAAAAGGCAGCGAGCUCUGAUCCAGUCAAUGCUGGAGAGAUGUGACCGCUUCCUGUGGUCUCAACAGGCAUAGCAAGAUGUUCCUCUACUCAGAACCAGCGUUGAGUCACACAGAGCCCCCGCCACCACACACACACAGACAUACAUCCGUGCCGCCCCCCCCCACACAAACACACAUACAUCUGUGCUGCCCGCUACACAAAAAACACAUCUGUGCUCUUCCCCUCCCCCCAACCACACACACACAUCUGUUCCCCACCAAGAGGAAAUAGGCACUGCUCUUCCUCAAUGUGCAAUAUUCUGCUGCUGCUCUCUACCUCUUGUUCUCCCACUUUCUCCCUUUCACUCUGUUCACUCUUAUCUCUUGGGAGAUGGUCCCUCUCCCCGCCAGCUCCCUGCUGGGCUGCUCAGCACCGCGCUGUCAGGGACAAUCCCACGCAGAGUGGACAGUGUUUAUGUACAAAAUAUAAUAAUGCAUUGUAUAUCUUAAAUAAAAAAGGAAUAUAGUAUU